CUUUUCCGUGCCUUCCGAACUCGUACCAUUUAGAAAUUCCUCGUACUCUCUUCUGUUUAUUUUCCUUUCGCGAGCAGACCCAACAUAAUGAGAAAUUCUUUGACGACGACCUCCAGACUGAAUCGGAUUCAUACGGGCAUGCCCUCUCCUGCGACACCGUACCGUAGUGUGUCUUUGGAAGUGGAGCAUGAGAUCAUGGUGUCAGCUCUCAAGCACGUGAUCAGCGGUGGCGGCAUUGAUGAUCUGACCCAAGAGCUACAGCUUCAACUACUACUACCUGCAGCGUCCUCCCUGAUUGCCACGUCAUCCUCGUUCCCUUCGACCAGCUGGACCAACUGUACCAACCGAAUGUUACCAGUCUCCAACGGCGUCGCGUGCCCGGUUUGUAGUUCCAACAGUUGUUCGGGCUGCAAUUCGAACAUCCAUACGUCCGAGAAGAAGAAGACUAAGAAGAAGGAGAAGAGGAACUACAGGGGAGUAAGGCAGAGGCCGUGGGGGAAAUGGGCGGCAGAGAUUCGAGACCCAAGGCGAGCAGUGAGGGUGUGGCUAGGCACUUUCGUGACGGCGGAGCAAGCGGCAAGGGCUUACGACAAAGCCGCCAUAGAAUACCGGGGAAGCAGAGCCAAGCUCAACUUCCCAGUGUCAGACUACAACACAGAGAAAAGGCAAAGUGCAGAGCAUGAAGAAGCUCGCCAGCAGAAGCCAAACGUAGCGACCGAGUCGAAUAAAACGGAGACAACGAGCGAGAGAGAGACUAAUGCUGUGGGAGAGAGCAGCAAGGAAGAGGAGCUAUGGGAUAUGUUAACGGAGGACGAACUUCGACGAAUAAUGGAUGACUUGCUUUGAUAACCAGACAAACAACAAACUGGACGGAAACACGACGACGUUUUAGGUGCUAGGAGAUGUGGAUUAGGUAUAUAAAUAUGUGCUCAGAACUUGUGAGUCGAAAUUAAAAAUGAGGGGAUUUUUUAAUCCCUAGUAAUUAAGAGUUCAAAAUGAGCGAAAACCGCAAUUAAAUAUUAAAUAUUUCGGUUUUAAGUUUGGAGUUUAUAAUAAUAAUCAGACUAUCAGUAAUGAUGGGAUUAGAAUUAGUAAAUUCAGGUUCUGUACUUUAAAUUGCA